GCCAUUGCAGCAACAGUUUGGAGCGGAGCUGGUCAUCUCAGCGGGGAAUCAGGGCGCGGGACCUGAGCGGGAGGGAAGGGGCCAAGGACCACCGGGCUGCGCCCGAGAGGCGGGGACAGGCGGGGACAGGCGGGGGCGCUGCGCCCGCGGGGAUGUGACAUCAGCGAGCAGCGCAGGCGGCUGGAGCAGGCAGCUCCCCUUGCUGCGCGGUGCGCACCUCGCCCGGGAGGACGCGGACCCGGACCGGCCAGCGGCGGGAUGUCGGCGAAGGAGAGGCCGAAGGGCAAAGUGAUCAAGGACAGCGUCACCCUCCUGCCCUGCUUCUAUUUUGUGGAGCUGCCGAUCCUGGCCUCGUCGGUGGUCAGCCUGUACUUCCUGGAGCUCACGGAUGUCUUCAAGCCCGUGCACUCGGGGUUCAGCUGCUAUGACCGCAGCCUCAGCAUGCCUUACAUCGAGCCCGCCCAGGAGGCCAUCCCGCUCCUCAUGCUGCUGAGCCUGGCGUUCGCGGGGCCCGCCAUUACGAUCAUGGUGGGGGAAGGCAUUCUCUACUGCUGCCUGUCCAAGAGGAGGAACGGCGUGGGCCUGGAGCCCAACAUCAACGCCGGGGGCUGCAACUUCAACUCCUUCCUCAGAAGGGCCGUCCGAUUCGUCGGUGUUCACGUGUUCGGCCUGUGCUCCACGGCCCUCAUCACGGACAUCAUCCAGCUGUCCACGGGGUACCAGGCGCCCUACUUCCUGACGGUGUGCAAGCCCAACUACACCUCCCUGAACGUCUCCUGCAAAGAAAACUCCUACAUCGUGGAAGACAUCUGCUCAGGCUCGGACCUCACCGUCAUCAACAGCGGCAGAAAAUCAUUCCCUUCCCAGCACGCGACCCUCGCUGCCUUUGCCGCUGUGUACGUGUCGAUGUACUUCAACUCCACGUUAACGGACUCCUCGAAGCUCCUGAAACCCCUCUUGGUCUUCACGUUCAUCAUCUGCGGCAUCGUCUGUGGGCUGACGCGCAUCACGCAGUACAAGAACCACCCCGUGGACGUCUACUGCGGCUUCCUGAUCGGAGGAGGAAUCGCUCUGUACUUGGGCCUGUACGCCGUGGGGAACUUCCUGCCCAGCGAGGAGAGCCUGCAGCACCGGGAGGCUCUGCGGUCGCUGGCCGAGCUGCACCCCGACGCCAGCCGCGUGCUGGCAGCCAAGGCCGGGGCCUGCGACGGCAUCGCGCACACGGAAGGCAUCCUCGCCCGCACCCCCCGCGACGCCAGCGCGCUGUCCAGCCUCAAGCGCGCCAACGCCGACGUGGAGAUCAUCACCCCGCGCAGCCCGCUGGGCAAGGAGAACAUGGUGACCUUCAGCAACACGCUGCCGCGGGCCAGCACGCCGUCGGUGGAGGACCCGGUGCGCCGCCACGCCAGCAUCCACGCCUCCAUGGACUCGGCGCGCUCCAAGCAGCUGCUCAGCCAGUGGAAGAGCAAGAACGAGAGCCGCAAGCUGUCCCUGCAGGUCAUGGAGCCCGAGCCCGGCCAGUCGCCGCCGCGGGCCAUCGAGCUGCGCUCCAGCUCGGAGCCGGCGCGGGUCGGGGUGAACGGGGACCACCACGGGCCAGGCACCCAGUACCUCAAGAUCCAGCCGGGGCCCGGGCCCGUGUGCAACAGCGUGCCCGGGGGCCCGCGCGUGUCCCUGCAGGCGCGCCCCGGCUCCUCGCAGCUGGUGCACAUCCCCGAGGAGGCGCACGAGGCGCUGGGCGCGUCCCCCAAGGGCAGCUCGGCGCGCGCCAAGUGGCUGAAGGCGGCCGAGAAGACCGUGGCCUGCAGCCGCGGCAGCAGCCAGCCGCGCAUCAUGCAGGUCAUCGCCAUGUCCAAGCAGCAGGGCGUCCUGCAGGGCGGCCCGCCGGGCGCCGACGGCAGCGCGGUCACCUGCACGGGCUCCAUCCGCUACAAGGCGCUGACGGACCACGAGCCGGGCGGCGGCGGCAUCGUCCGGGUGGAGGCGCACCCCGAGAACAGCCGGCCGGUCAUCCAGAUCCCCGCGUCCACCGAGGGCGAGGGCAGCGGCUCCUGGAAGUGGAAGGCCCCCGAGAAGGGCAGCCUGCGCCAGACCUACGAGCUCAACGACCUCAACCGGGACUCGGAGAGCUGCGAGUCGCUGCGGGACAGCCUGGGCUCCGGCGAGCGCAAGCGCGGCAACAUCGACGGCAGCGACCACCACCACCACGGCGUCACCACCAUCCGCGUCACCCCCGUGGACGGCAGCGAGGGCGGCUCCGAGACGCUGUCCGUGUCGUCCUCGCGCGACUCCACGCUUCGCCGGAAGGGCAACAUCAUCCUGAUCCCCGAGAGGAGCAGCAGCCCCGAGAACACGAGGAACAUCUUCUACAAGGGCACCUCCCCCACGCGGGCCUACAAGGACUGAGGGCCGCGCCCGACAGGCCAGCCUGGGUCCUACUCGCGCGCUGUCCCAGCAGGUGGGGGGGUGGGGGACAGUGAGACUUUGCUCCAGACUAGCUCCUCCAGCAUCCGUGACUCACGCACCGUGGGAGCUGCUACCCUCAGCGCGUGGGGGGCCCCCGGGGAGGGAGAAGCACAAGGCGAGGGCCUCAGCGAGGCUGGGAGCUCUGCGGGGGGCCAGCGCAGAGGACAGCCAUUGCCUUCCCUGGAUGCUAUGUCACUCCCCCAAUGUGCCAACAUAAGGGAUCCCCCCCCCUUUCUAAUUAGCAGUGGGGGUCCAGACCUCGGCUCCCCAUGCACAGGCCACAGGUUUUAUAUAUCCAUUCAGCAGAAUCCACACCCCACACUCCCUGUAGGGGUGCUGGUUAGUCUAGUCAGUGCAUCUCCCACGCCACCCCCAGCCCCCCAGCCCCCCAGUUCUACCUAGCAGUGCAGUAGUGUGUGCAGUCCUGGUCUGAGAAAUGCUACUGUGUGAGAGGUCGCUGGCUGCUUCAUGGUAGACGUGGGCACCCCAUAGCUCCCCCAUAGUGGCUGUCACCGUCCACACAUGCAAAGGUUUGGUGCAUUUUGUUUUCUUCAAAGCUAUGCUUUCUUCAACAACAACAACAUUGUGUGUUUUCAGCAAAAGGGAAUCGCUAAGUGCUUUUCUGCAUCGUUUUUGUUUCUUUGCGGCUUACUUUUUAUUUCAGUGUAGGCACUGCUAAUGAAGAAUCUGGCUUCCAGUGAGUAAAUUUGCUUCACUUAAAAAUAUAUUGUUUUAGAGAGAGCUUUUUGAAUGGUUGUGAUCCUACUCAGUGUUUUAUGGCUUGUCCUUUAUUUAUUGAUUUUCUAUAUAUUUUUUGAUGUUAUAGAUAAGCUCUGCUAUUUUUAAAGUGAAAACAACCAUUGACAUGUCGUCAGUGAAAUGUAUCGCUGUGAACUUAGGAACAAGGAACCUGAACCAAAACUUGACCUUGGGCUACAUUGCUGGCUGGCUUAGGCUGCUCUUUGAACAAGUAAUCCAAGAAUUCCACGCAGCUCCAGGUUAUUAGCUUUUUUGAUGUCCUGAUAACCAGUAAACUAGGGCCACAUUGGUGGGUUUCACCUUCUUCCUCAUUUUUAUUCAUUCGACACCCACAGGAAGAAUGUGAAACAGAUGCAAAUGGAUAACAAAAGCAUCUCCCAGAAUAAACGAAGGCUGCAUUUCUUUAAAACAUCUAAACAGACACAGCCUUGGUGCUUCGUGUGCACACGACAGUCUUUGCUAUCUGUCCUGAAUGGGGCUUUCAGGAAAACAAUCCUAUAUAAUAAAAGGCUAAUAUGCAAAUCAACCAAACAGCAGAAUGACCGGUCGCUAAGAUGCGCACUGACCACCAGGGAGCAG